UAUGAGCCUUCUCCAGCAGUCAGUCCGCCACUCUCCCUCACUCGCCACCACCACGCUCUCUCUCCCUCACUCGCCACCACUUGUUGUGAUAGUUGUGUAGCGCAUAGUGGCGAGCAGCCGCUGGUCUCCGGCCACCUGGUGCUCUCUCAGAGUGUAGUGUGAUGCCUCCAGUGCCGCUGGUGGUGCCGCUACUGCUGCUCCUGGCAGUGAUCGCACCCGCCGCAUCUCGACACGUGCCGCCCGUGGCCGCAGACACGGGUCGCCGCACCCUCCACCUGCCGCGCCAUGCGGUAGCCGCUGCCAAUCUCGACGACACUUACGACACUAGCCGCGUGCGACACGCUCUUCGCGCGCUCCUCGACCUAAACGACGUCGAGCUACAGACUCUAAUGGCGGGAACACCGCCCGGCACCCCGGCGGUGGCGCCGCGCUUGGCGCCAUCCACCUCCCUCUUCCUCACCAGCAGUCGCCAGUACCUCCAGAGGCUCCACACUAUCCUCUCCACCACCCAGGAGACCUCCACACCUCCCCGCGACCUCCCGUGGAGGCCCAGGAUCUCCUCCAGACACCGCAGAAAGAAGUCUGGGCCCAGCCAGCGCCGCUCCAGCCAGGCAGACACGACAGACACUGCCCGCGAGGAAUCGGACGAUAUCCUAGACGCCUUAAGGGAAGUGUCGGCCUACCUGGCGGGGAUGGAGCAGCAGCAGGAGGCGCAGCAGCAGCAGGAGGAUGAGGACGGGCAGCAGCAGCAGCAGCAGCAGCAGGUGGAGAGGCAGCGACGGUCCCACCGAGGCUACGGCCACAAGCACAAGACGGUCCAGACGCACGACUCCACGCAAUACGAGUCUCAUCACUACCUCUAUUACCUGCGGGCCGGCGAGUGUCCACCAGCCCCGGACGGCGGAGAGCGGAUGUUCUGUCCGUCCCCUAGCCAGGACGGCAGGUGGACCUGUGUGGAGGACGUCGAUCUGUGUGACGGGGUGUCCCAGUGUCCUAAUGGGGAGGACGAGGCGCCCACCCACUGUCUCUUCCAUACUGCGAUGAGAGCCCACCUGGACGAACUGACUAAGUUCGUCAUGCUCUCGAAGCUCACCUGAGGACUUCGGGGGUUCCUUCCUCUCACCAUCAGCAGAAGUAGUUGGCCACGCUGAGGUAGAAUGUCGCACGGCCGCAGCGUCUCCAGUCGGGGACGCUACAGUCAACGUCUUCGCUACGAGGACGAGGGGGGGACCGUCUUCGCUACGAGGCCCCCUUCUACGAGGGGGACCGUCUUCGCUACGAGGACGAGGGGGGGGACCGUCUUCG